AUGCUUUCAAAUGAUCUCCUCUGGGGGGUUUUAUUCCUCUGUCAGACUGGUGUCGGAAUCCUGGGGAACUCGGCCUUGCUCGGGAUCUACGUCAACAUCUUGCUGUAUCAAUCCCAACAGAAGAAGCCCACAGACCUGAUCAUCACCCUCCUAACCGUGGCUAAUACGAUAGUGCUUUUGACCCGUGGGGUCCCAAUGGCGAUGGCAUCUUUUGGCAUGAGGGACAUUGUGGAUGAGGUUGGAUGCAUAGCGUUAUUUUUUGUUAACCGAGUGUCCCGUGGCCUUUCUAUCUGUAUCACAUGUCUCCUGAGCAUGUUCCAGGCCAUCACCAUCAGCCCCAGCACCUCCCGCUGGGGUCAGCUCAAACCCAGAGCCCCCAGCUACAUCAUCCCUUCCCUCAUCUUCUUCUGCAUCCUCAACUUCUUGAUCUAUUUAGGAAGUAUCUUAAACAGUCAGUUCUCCAGAAAUGUCAGUGACUCAAAAUAUACUUUUAUUUCAAAAAGCUGUUCUAUCUUACCGAGGGGUACUGGUGUACUUAUCAUUGUGUGUUUAAAUGCCAUGACUCUCCGAGAUCUCCUCUUUAUAGGUCUCAUGAGCUGGGCCAGUGGCCACAUGGUGAUUGUGCUCUACCGACACCAUAAGCAAGUUCAGCACAUCCGCAGCACCAGCCUCUCCCCAAAAUCUUCUGCGGAGACCAGAGCCGCCCACAGCAUUCUGCUCCUGGUCACCUGCUUCGUUACCUUUUAUUGGAUUAACUGUAGCACCACUGUCUCGUUAAGUGUGCAAACAGAUUACAGUGCUGUGAUUCAUAACUCUACAUCCUUUGUGUCUGCAUGUUAUCCUUUGCUCUGCCCUUUGCUGCUGAUCAGCACAGAUGCCCGGGUACCUAUUGCCAGGUAUAUCCUCCGGAAGCUGAGAGGCUCCUCUGCCAGGAGUGCACAUGUUUCCCCCUAA